AUGUCGGAGCCCGAUUGCGAGUGUUUGCACCGUUACGGCACGGCGCUGAAUCGGCGCAGACACGGCACCGCCAUGCAACUCCAAAGCGGCGUUAUCCGCAAUCUCGAUACGGUGUCUAUACGACAAGAAACAAGGGAAACCGGCCCCCUUCCCCCUCAUAUUCGGCUGAGCAGGCGUCGCCGUGCAAACAUGCCGGAUGGUGCAAAAAGACUAUCGAAGUUUUCUUCACUGAGAAAAUUUCAUUCUGACUUCGUUUCGUGGAGUAAUUCUUGA